UAUCUCCAGAAAGUGUGCAACAACUUGCAGAUAUCAGUUCAGUUGAAUGUAACUCACAUGAUGUGACUUGUGCACCUCUUUCUGUUUCAGCUGAUGUUACUGAGAGUCCAACAGGUUGUUCACAUGCUGUCGUCUAAUAAUAGCUCAGUGUCAGUGUGUCGCAGUGAAUCGGAAAGAAAAGAAGUGACUGUUGGAGGGCUUGCUGUUGUCUCCUGGGCGGAGCAGGGUUUGUCCUCCACACAAUUGUCAUCAGUAUGUUUAACACGUUCCUGUAAGAUGGAAUGUGGGAAAAGGAAAAAGCCACAACCCACAUAAAACCAAUCCUCCAGUAAAACCAGUCCAACAAGCCCGUUGUGUCACCGAGCUAAUCAUGUAUUGAACAGGUGUAAGCUGUCUAAAGUAAUUGCCCUGCUGCAGUUUAUGCCAACAUGUCUGAGUCCGAGUUGCUCCAAUGCCUUGUUUGACAGUUUCCCACCCUAAAGGUCGAGGAGCCACAGGACCAGGACACAGAGGGGGCAGGGAGUGGGCCUGUCAAUGGAUGGAGGUGGUACAGGAGGACAGGGAGGGAGAACCUGUCGAGAGGAGACGACUACAGAGAUCUGAGGAGUUUCUCCUGCUCUGUCACAGCUCAAACCCAACGGCAGCUGUUCGUCAGCCACAGGAAACAUCUCGGUCACAGACCCUGAGGACUCUGGGGACACUGCGACCCAGGAGAGGCUGGCACAGCUUAGCCGCAGUAGGUGUAGUGUGGUCGGUCUGCCAGGUGGAGGCGCCGCUGCACCCCUGUCUGUCACCAGUGGAUGUGUGCUGGAGGCUCCUGUGGGUGUGUGUGCUGUGGACGGCUGUGGGAGUUUGCGUCCGUGCCCUGAAGUGCUGCCUGCGGCCAGGACAGAACCAGGGGGAGACUCCGCUGAGGACGCAGGAGGAGGUUACAACUGAAAACAGGAAUAACCUUCAUUCAUGGGAGCCUCCAUCCAGGGGCCCGGGUCACGGCGUCCCUCUGGCCCUCGUCCUGGCCGACAGCCUGCUGCUGUGUGUGCUUCAGGAGCCCCUGUUGGACCCCAGCGUGCCCCACAUGAAGACUCUCCUCUCCAGGCUGGAGUCAGUGUCUCACUCACUCAGGAAGGCCGACGUCAGGUCAGAAGCGACACCAGAGGAGGCGGACCAGCACUCGAUACUGACGGACAAAGUGAAGCUCGUCUGCAGCUACCUGCAGGAAAGGAUGAGGUCGCUGGAUAGGCUCGUCCAGGUGCAGGGGGAUUUUGAAGCCAGUGUGAAGGACGUGCUGGAGGGCCUCGAUGGCCUCUGGGCUCAGCUGGAGGAGCUGCACACUAGAGUCACGCUCACCAAAGAGGCGAGCCGAGGCCUCAGGGACCUGGCCUCGGCCCAGACAGAUGCAGAGGCUUUGCUCACAGUCUUGGGUCACUACAAGAACAGACUGCAGUGCUGCCAGGCUUAUCUGAAGGACAGCACACAACUUCUGCAGGAGUUAACCUGGAGUCACACUCACAUAAGCAACAGUGUGAGCAGCGGCGCUGAGUCAGUCUGGCCAGAGCUGUUGCUCCAGUCCAACAUUGAGCAGUUUGACAAGGUGCAGGAGAGUUUCCUCUCCGUGGAACAACAGACCUCUACGUUCCAGGCCCACCUGCAGGGACUUGGAAAGGGGGAUGAGGAAGGACAUGCGGGGCCCCUCGCUCAAGCCAGCGGGGCCGGUUCACGCUCAGUCUCUCCACAGACCUCCUCACAUCUCGACAGUAGACGUACGAGCGAUGCGUCGCUGGAGAUCUCGACCUCUGCGUCCGUCUCCGUCUCCUCGGCAGAUGCAGACGAGGAAGCAGAAACAGAGACGCCUCUGUCACUGUGUGAGAGGUCGGCGCUCAGCUUCUCCUCCACCAUCGGACGUCUGCGAAAAUCUGGAAGGAAGAAGUGACUUUUACUGAACUGUACAGAGAGGAUAUUUUCAAAUGUUGAUCAUUUGCCUAAAAAAAAAAAAAAAAAAGAUAUUAUUUAUUGCUUUCUGUGCAAAGAAAGUGUGAGCGAGAGCAGCUUUUUUUUUAAUUUAGAGAGUAUUUCAAACACAAGGGGGCACACUUUCACCGGAUUUCACACGCAAAAAAAAAAACAAAAACAGACACGACCUGUUCAACAUACUGUGUCAUUCUGUCAAAGCCUUUAUAAACCGUCCAGUCAUCUCAGAUCUCUGCCUGUGCUGACGGACCGUGGCCCUGACCUUUUCCUUUCAAUCAACUUUAUAGGAGGAGAGUUUUGGACAGAGUUCUCAAACAUGUGGCCCAUAAAUGUGUUUCUUCAAGAUCAGAACAGUCGGCCACAGCUUGGCUUGUGUGUGAUGAAUAAGAUUCAGGCGGAUAUUUCAGGCUUUUUGUGUUUUAGUGCAACUUGAUAUCAUUUAGUGAUUAAUUUAAUCCUGUUUGUACUUCAAGAGAAUAAUGAUGCACUUUUCAAAUUCGUGCUACUUUGAAACUGUGUCCAGUGUCUGUUGAACAAAUGUUAAAGUGAAGAAAUGUUUUUACAUCAAUCUCUGAUUUUAAGAAUUAUGUUCCAGUGUGCA